UUCAGUUGAGUACUACUAAAAGCAACGUACAGAAGCUUAUAACAACACCUUUCCAGCUACUUCUUAUUUUCUUUUCUUUCAUAGAUUCUUUUAAGUUGCUUUCAAAUAUAAAUCACAAGAACUGUGCAUGCAAAUGAAACCCUAGUUAUAAAUAGACAUCACUAUAUAUUAAUUAAUUCAAUUCCCUUUUCUAGCAAUUUUUUUUCAUUAUAUAAAGUUUCAUCUACCAGCUAGUCCUUUUCUACAUAUUAGAUCUCAUUGUGACACUUUUUUUCCUAUUCAAUAUUACUAUUGAUCAUCAAAAUAUGGAGGAAUCUCAAAAUAUGAUGUGGAUGAAAAGGAAACAAGUCUUGAACUCACAUAUUGAAGAAGUACCAUCAUUUGAAGUUGGAGCUAUGAACAUGAACAACAAGUCUUGGGAGGAAAAAGCUUUUGCAGAAGAUGCAGCUAGGAUACUUGGUGGAUGUAUAUGGCCUCCAAGAUCUUACUCAUGUCAUUUCUGUAAAAGAGAGUUUAGGUCUGCUCAAGCUUUAGGUGGUCACAUGAAUGUUCAUAGAAGAGAUAGAGCUAAGCUCAAACAAAGUCUUGGUCACCAUAAUGAAUUAGACCUUCAUUCUCUUCAUAAAAAUCAUUUUACAACAAGCAGAGUUAACUCAUCUUCUUGGCCAUCAACUAUAUCUAAACAAGAAAACUGUUUUGAGUCAAACAUGUCUUCUUCAUAUUCUUCUUCAAUUAGAUGGGGAAAUUAUAACCACAUGGUGUCUCAUGAUUUUGAACCAAAAGGGUUACUAGUUAAUGCAAGGGAACAAAUUUUCAAAGGUUAUAGUUGCAAUGAUUAUGUUGAAACAAGUUUGUCUAUGGGACAAAAUAAUUCAAUGUUUGGCCAAAAAUUACUAACUGAUGAUUUUUGUGGGGACAAAGGAAGCAACACUUGUAAAAAACCAAGGACAAGUUCUAUUUUUCAUCACAAGCCAUGUUUGAAUGAUAGAUGUUUAACUUUUCAGUCUGCAGAUCAGUUUGUGAAUAUUGGAAUUAAGCCUGGAAUGGAAGACUUGGAUCUUGAACUCAGACUAGGGAAAUUAACACAGAAAGUUUAGUAUAUAGGACAAGAGAAAUUGUAAUGGAAUAUUAAUUGUCAGUGUUUUGUCCUUUUUCUCUCUUCUAUUAAUUAGGAGUACUCAUCAUGAUGAUGAUGAUAGAUAAAUAUCUAUGCAAGAACCUUUUCUUUGUCUAAUCAAAACUUUGAAGGGAAUGAUAAGAUUUCAUUCUUUUCAUGAAAUGUUUAACUUUUUUAUUUUAAUGUUCAAGAAAUGAAAUGUUUAACUCGAA